AUGGCUACGGACACUGAAGAUCUGAAUCUCUACUUCUACAAUCCGUCUACGGCACUCGCGGUCGUCUUCUCCGUCCUCUACUUCCUAUUGACCCUUUACCACUUCCACAUAUCCAUCCUCUAUGCACGCAAGCAACCUAUCAAGCACAGAUAUACGAUCCCCCUUUUCGUUGCAGCCUUGAUAUCGACUGCCGGCUGGAGCGUCCGCAUAGCCAGCAUCAAGAACAAAUCCUCAAUCCCACUCUAUGCCACCUCAGCCUCUUACGUCGUUAUCAGUCCCAUAUUCGUCUGCGCCACGCUCUAUCUGCUCUUAACUCGCCUGAUCCGUUCCAGCUUGCCCGAGGGACCGGCUCAGGUCUUUUUCCAUAUUCCUCCUCGCUGGCUUGGUCGAAUGUUCAUCACGUCCGAUAUCUUCAGUUUUCUGACGCAGUGUUCUGGCUCGGGCAUUGCAAGUUCUGGAAACUGGGAGGGGAACCUGAAAGACGUGGGCACAAAUGUCCUUUUAGUAGGCCUUGCGCUGCAAUUAGCGACAUUCAGCACCUUUCUUCUCGUUCUAGGACGUGUAGUACGCAGAGUCGAUCGAUCUCGCGACAUCGGAUUCGACCCUCGCGUGAAAAAGGUGAUACUUGGUGUGUGGAUUGCCGGGUUUUUCGUCCAGACACGGUCCAUCUAUCGAGUCGUCGAGUUCGGACUCGGCAUUGACGGCUACCCUUUCCGAAACGAGUGGUGUCUCUACGUCCUUGAAGCCGCGCCGAUGUUCAUUGCGAUUGCCGUACUGGGGUGGUACUCUCCUGUUAAAUUGAUGCAGCAGAAGGCGCAAACAGAGAUUACCAUGGAGCGCACGGGAAUUACAGGACGGGGAAAGACGGUGGCUACGUCGGAGAGGGGUACGGUGUGA